GAAUCAUCCUGGCUCUUGUUCGGUCCUUCCACGCGACGUCCUGAACGUGGAUGCGAAAAAUUCAGACAGCAGCAGCUGUGCAGUGGUGCGCCCUGCCCAAGCAAGGCGUUGACAGUCAAGACGUGUUGACAGCCAAGAUUUAUUGACAGCGAACACGUGAAAGAAGGCAAGCAAGGCGAGUGCCAUGGUGCAGUUCUACGUACGCGAAUACACAAAGACUACCAAUGGACGGCUCAACAUCAUCGAGAUGUUGCUCGGCGCGAUUCUCCGGAUCCUGUACGGCACCUUUGGCACAAUCACGCCGAGCGAGGAGUUCCUCUGCACCUGCGCGGGCAUCUUCGCGACAAACGGACUCUUCUUCCUCGUGUCAUCGAUAAUGAGCGUCACGACGGCCCUCAUGCUCCCCAGACAGUUCUACUACACCCUUUUCCAUCUGGUGGCCGCGGUGUGCUACAUUUCAGGGGGAGUCGCGGCUAUUGGCAACUCAUCCAUAAUCGACGGGAUUGUCGCGAUAGUCUGCGGAGUACUACAUUUGGCUCAAUUCAUCUACUCGCUGAUCAAGAACUGGUGACAGGUGGAAAGCUGGUCGCCUGCGCAAGAUGAGGCCUUCUGUGAUGUUAUGCUACCGGAGUUACGACAAAAUCAAACUGGGCACAUACCAAGCAGGGGCCUAACGCAGCGAUCACAAAAUUUUCUACAUGCUUUGAGGCGCAGCCG